AUGGCUACCAAUUCGCUUCCAAAGGGCACAGAGGAGCGGGUGGAAGAUCUCGACAUACAUGAGGACGCGCUGAAGUCCAGCGAGAUCGCCCAAGAUGCGGUGGCCAAAGGUCAGGCCACUACGGGCUACGAACAGCUCACCAUCCUGGAGAGCAUCGUCAUGUUUCGGCGUACCAUUUUCUUUUGCACGCUGGCAGCAUUCAGUGCAGCCGCCGACGGUUAUCAGAUUGGGAUUAACGCAAGUAUCGUCGCCAACAAAGGCUUCGUCCGGCAGUUUGCCACCAAGACAUCCGACGCCGGUGUUCUCUAUCUUGAAUCCCCCAUCCUCAGCGCUUGGGGUUCCAUCAUGUCCGUCGGGCAGAUCAUUGGCACGUCGACAAUCCCCUUCAUCUCGCACCGGUGGGGACGAAAGGCGGCCAUGUGGUGGCUUUGGCUCUUUGCAUGCGCCAGCGUCUUGGCCGAGUCGUUCGCACGGAAGUGGCCGGUCUGGUUGGUUGCCAAGCUGCUUGCUGGAUAUGCCGUCGGAUGCCUCCAGGCCACUCUCCCGCCCUAUAUCUCCGAGCUUGCGCCUAUUCGCAUUCGAGGCGGCCUCCUCAUGUCUUACCAGUUCUGGUGGGCUCUUGGGUCCUUCUCUGCCCAGAUAGCGCUCAGGACUGUCAACGCAGAUUAUCCUUACAAGUGGCUUGUUCCUAUCUACACUCAAUGGGGCCACGUUGCAAUCAUGUUCAUCGUCUACUGUAUUCUUCCUGAAUCGCCCGUGUGGUGUGCCACGCGCGGCUUAGAGGAGAAGUCUAAGCGUAUCUUCAGCAUGCUUCAUCGAAAUAUAGAGGGCUACGAUGUGGACCGUCAGUACAACCUCGUCAUCAUGACGGUUGAGCAUGAACGCGAAGUGGCAGUUCAGCAACGUCGAGAGCAGUGGUGGUCCAUAUUCCGAGGGACUGACGGUCUACGAACCACCAUCGCCUUCUGGCCAGGUCUUGCACAGCAGUGCAUCGGCCUGAAGCUAUUUGGAACCUUUGGCACCUAUUUCUUCCAACAGGCUGGAGUCUCUCAGCCCUUCACAGUCAAGUGCAUCACAUCAUCUAUCCAGAUUGCCACCGUCCUUGGCAAUAUUGCCCUCGUGGAGAAUUUCGGUCGAAGGCCUCUGGCUUGCUGGGCAGUCACUUUGUCAUGGGUUGCCUGCUGUGUUGUUGGAAUACUUGGUGUAGUACCAGAUAACAAAGCCAAGACUUAUGUUUUCGUCUUGUUCGCCUGCUUUUGGAAUAUCGGCAUGAUGACUUGCGGCACCGCAGCCUCCGCUUUCAAUGGCGAGAUCUCCUCGCAACGCCUGAGGCCUUACACUGCAGCCUUCGCCGUGGGUAUCACAUGCGUACUCGGUGUCAUCAUGGACGUCCUAGUGCCCUACAUGGUGAACGCGCAUAUGUGGAACUGGGGCUUGAAGACUGGUUGGUUCUACGCCGGCAUUGGCUUCCCUGCCAUGAUAGGCAUGUGGUUCUUUAUUCCUGAGACCAAGUCACGAUCUACCGCCGAACUUGAUGAAUUGUUCGAGAGAAAGAUCAAGCCUUGGAGGUUCGCCAAGACUGAGACUGCUACCGAACGCCUAAUUAAGAGCGAGGAGUCGCCAACACGUCUAUGA